AACUUGGCCAGAUCUGCUCCGUCCCCUACUGUCCUCUUUGGCCUGGGGUCCACCUGCAUUCCGCUCGGGGGUCUCGCAGCUGCUGGGCCUGAUAACAGUUUCUUGUCUGUACCGUGCGCUCCGGUUUACGAAAUGGCUCCAUGUCCUCUGUCUCGGAAGAGCCUCACAGCCCUCGGUGAGGCGGGUGGGAGCCCUUGAUGAUUAUCCUUGUUUUGUAGACUCGGAGACUGAGGCUGGCCGAGGCUCCGCAGUUAGCCAGUGUGAGCGCUCGAACCUGGUCUACAGGCCCCUAGUCCAGGGCUUACCCCCAAGUCAGCGCUCGGUUGUCGUCCGAUGGCCCGGGUCAAACCCUGUAUUUUUUCCUUCCACCUUCCCCUUUUCCCCUGUCUGGUCUCUGCAUGGAAAAACUUCCUUAUGUGCAUUUGACAUGGAUUAGCGUUUUCUUCACGAUUCUAGCCAGUGGGUCAGGAGCAUCUUUAUCUUGAUUCCAUCUGCUUCGGUUGCAACAGGGGACUUAGGGAGAUUUGCCAUGGGGCUGACCUUUGACAUUUACCCCGCAGCUAAGCAGAGUUAGCUAAAAGCCAGCCGCCUACUACCCCAAAUCUGCCUGGAAUUGCGUCUUAAAGUUGCUCUGAUUGUGUAUAACAAGUCAUGCGUAAAUUUUUAAAUUGGGUAAUGGUCAGCUUGGUGCCCUCCUUUUCUGUUAACAUUUGUUUGAAUCAUUUAGCCCUGGAAUUCGCAAGUUUUCGUUUUAGGUACAUUAAUAGUGUUUUGUUGAUAGUUUAAGAGACCUACCUUAAAUUUUAGAUUACUCUUAACUUCUCGUAAGGUGGUACAAUGGACCAAGAAUAGAAAAUAAAUAGAAUGCUAGUUAUUAAAAUACCAUUCAAAAGAUGUGAUGAGUCGUAAGGAAGAGAACUUCGGAAGAUCAUCCUCUGUGUAGUUGGUGGGUUAAAGAAGUUUUAGUUUUUUUUUUUUUUUUUUCCAGCAAUUUUGUGAUUUGGGUUUGAAUUUUAUGUACUGUUAACAGAAAGAGCUUAGGCUUUGGUGUUAGAGAUGAGGGUUUAAGCCCUGGCACUAUUACUUUUUCAACUGAGCAGUCUUAAACGACUCAGCAAAACUAGAAGUAUCCUCAUCUUUAUCUUGUUAAAUGAGGCCAGUGAUCCUUGCCUGGUAGGGUUGGUGUGAGGAUGAAAUGAGAUAUACAAGUACUGUGCAGAUUAUAAAACUACUGAUGAGUUGGUACAAAUCCUAAGAUCUUAAGGAGAGAGGAGCCACCAAGGCCAUUUUCAGCUGCUGAGGAGGCUGAGGUGGUAAGUUCUCUUGAGCCUGGGAGGUUGAGGCUGCAGUGAGCCAUGAUGGCAACACUGCACUUCAGCCUGGGAGACAGAGUCUUGGUCUGUCUUAAAAAAAAGGGGGGGCAGGGCAUUUUCUUAACUUUGGGUAGCAGUGCAACCCAACUCUUUGGAUCUAGUAAGGGUUUUUAUUAUUUUUAGCUCACCCGAAGGGUUUCUUCAGUCAGCCUCCACUCUGAUCACUCCUUUACAACCCAACACUUCUAUAUAUAUUAUAUAUAUUUGUACUACACUGGUUUUCAGUCAAUACUUUACAGACUUGUAAAAAAUGUUUACAUCACUUUAGAAAUAUUUUCUUUCUUUUUUUUGAGAUGGAGUUUUUGCUCUUGUUGUCCAGACUGGAGUGCAAUGUCGUGACCUCAGCUCACUGCAACCUCUGCCUCCUGGGUUCAAGCGAUUCUCCUGCCUCAACCUCCCGAGUAGCUGGGAUUACAGGCGCCCACCAUGCCUAGCUAAUUUUUGUAUUUUAAGUAGAGGUGGGGUUUCACCAUGUUGGCCAGGCUGAUUUCGAACUCCUGACCUCAGGUCAUCCACUUGCCUCGGCCUCCCAAAGUGCUGGGAUUACAGGCAUGAGCCAAGUAUUUUCAACUAGAUGAAUUCUGCAAAGGUGAAAAGGAGAAAAUGCCACACUUUAAAUAGUUUUUCGUGGCAAUUGAACUACUUUAAUUUUCCGUUUUAUUUUCCUUUGACACUCCUGCUUUUAAGCUUUCUCCUCCCUUGGAGCAUACAAAUCAGCAGGAGCCAGGAUUUAGCUACUUGGCUGCUUUAAUUCUUCCCUCCAAAAUGAUCUGAGUGGGAAUGACCUUAAUGAGGGGUGUGCUCUAAAGGUGAGCUGUGCUUCUCCAAGCAGUAGAUUGAGGAAAGUAUAGGAGGAUGUUUGGUUUGAGGGAGUUGCAGAGGAAGGGCACAUUGUUCUUUUACUUAUUUACAGUAAAUGGGAAUUUAAGCACAGGAGCUUUAUUAAGUAUAUUUAAGUUAUUGGACACCUUAAAGUGCGGACUCAAUUUCCAGGGAAAACUAUUAGUUAAUGUGAUAAAUGCGGUUUUUCUUCUGAAAUAUAUUUGUUACUGAAAAGGCAAAAAAGAAAUCACCUUAUUUAGUAUUUUUUCCUAAGAGCUUAGUAUGUACCUCCACCCAAACUGCCAAACUUUAUUUGGCUGUCUUUGGUAAGGGCCAUGAAAAAUAAAUAUUAAUUAGGUCCUAAAAUUUAUAGAUUAGGCCAUGGGCCUGAUAAAAACCCAGUAAUUGGAUGAAAAACAUACCAUCUCUACUUUUCAAUUUGCUCUUUUUUUUUUUUGAGAUGGAGUCCUGCUCUGUCACCCAGGCUGAAGUGCAGUGGCGCGAUCUCUGCUCACUGCAACCUCCGCCUUCCAGGUUCAAGCGAUUCUCCUGCCUCAGCCUUCUGCUGCUGGGAUUACAAGCAAGCGCUGCCGUGCCCAGCUGUUCAUUUUAUUCUUCAUCUGGCAUUCUUUGAAUGAAUGUAGUAAGCAUUAAUAAUGUCUUUCAUCUUUGAGUGGAUCUACAAUGGCUUCAGCAGUGUGCUCCAGUUCCUAGGACUAUACAAGAAAUCUGGAAAACUUGUAUUCUUGGGUUUGGAUAAUGCAGGCAAAACCACUCUUCUUCACAUGCUCAAAGAUGACAGAUUGGGCCAACAUGUUCCAACAUUACAUCCGACAUCAGAAGAGCUAACAAUUGCUGGAAUGACCUUUACAACUUUUGAUCUUGGUGGGCACGAGCAAGCACGUCGAGUUUGGAAAAAUUAUCUCCCAGCAAUUAAUGGGAUUGUCUUUCUGGUGGACUGUGCAGAUCAUUCUCGCCUCGUGGAAUCCAAAGUUGAGCUUAAUGCUUUAAUGACUGAUGAAACAAUAUCCAAUGUGCCAAUCCUUAUCUUGGGUAACAAAAUUGACAGAACAGAUGCAAUCAGUGAAGAAAAACUCCGUGAGAUAUUUGGGCUUUAUGGACAGACCACAGGAAAGGGGAAUGUGACCCUGAAGGAGCUGAAUGCUCGCCCCAUGGAAGUGUUCAUGUGCAGUGUGCUCAAGAGGCAAGGUUACGGCGAGGGUUUCCGCUGGCUCUCCCAGUAUAUUGACUGAUGUUUGGACGGUGAAAAUAAAAGAGUUUUACUUCUCUGGACUGAUCCUAUUCACAGCUUCCUCAUGAACUUUUCUAAUAGAACAAGGAAAGCUCUCCAACCAUGUCUGGCGUUGAGAAGCCAAGAGUCUCUGUCAACUCUCUCAUUGCCCAGUGGUGACAUGUGCUCUUCUCCACACUGUUGGGAGGUAAUGCUGCCCCACAUGCUGGUGCAGGUCAGUAUCCCGGGACUUGGAAGCUGGCAGGAUUUGCCGGGUAAAGCUGUGUGCCAUCAUGGGGCACCUGAAAAGAAAAACACGUCUCACCACUGUGGUUGAUUCAAAAGAAAGUGAUUCUAUUUUUUAAAGAAAGUGUUGUUAAUGUAAUUGGUAUCCCUCCUCACUUUUUGAGUUCACAAUUUACUUGGUCCAGAGUUUUCUAUUCUUUUUUUUUUUUUUUUUUUAAAACUAAUGAAUGACAUUUAGAUACUUCAUAAAAUUAUGAACAGAUAUGGAGGCCAGAGCUUAUUUGGGUAAACUUACUCCUGCUGAGUUAGCAGGUUGGUGAGAGAAGCUCCCCUGAGCUCAUCUGUCUCUCUGACUGCCUUGGAGUAGGUGGCAUAACCUUGUGCACAGAGAACUAGAAAAGGGGCAGAACCCUGGCCUUGCAGUUGUGGCAGGUUUCCACUGUGGUAAGCUAGGGUCAUUCCUCAUCAAGGAAUGUGUAGCAGAUUAUUCAGUGUGGAGGAGUUAAUUAUAGAAUGGGUUAUUGUUGUUAUUCUUACUCAUGAAGUUACAGAUUUCAGCCAGUCUUUGCUUUUAUACUUUUGUGAAAUUUAAUUUCUCUCUAUAGCACCUUCCUUUUUCAUUUUCAGUUAUAAAAAGUGACUUUCACCUCAUAAAAGAGUUGAGAACAUCUCUCAUGUCACAUACUGCAGGUGCAUCGGUUACUUUUGCACAGAUUCUAGGGGGACGUUUUUCUGAAUAGGAAGACAGGACAAAGUUAACAGCUUAAGGGCUCUUAAUUCUGUGAGUUGAGGCCUUAAAAGUAUUGUAGCAUUUGUUUGGAUCCAGGAAAAAUCUAUUUAGUGGGCUUUAAAAUUUCCGUUUGCAGAAUUUGGGCUCUCAGGCUGUUUCUGAGCUCUUUUUCUUACAUUUUUUCUCCUUUGAUACUUAUUUUAUUGGUGUUUAAAGUAAAGUAAAGGUUAACAUCUGUAGCUUUUCCAGGUUUUUUUUUUUUUUUUUUUUUUUUUUAAAUGAAAUUGUCUUUCUCCAUUGCAGAAAUAAGCUGGGGAAACACUAACCCAAAAACUUUCUGUAGAGCUGUUCCUUUGGAGGCAGCCUCACUUAUUGGCAGUAAAGACUCAGUAUAAAAGCACCAGCAUCCCUACUUGGGUGAUGGGGAUUAAUUUUAUAGCAUUCCAUUUUCCUAGUGCCACAUGUGAAAUUGGAUUUUGAUGAUCUUAAUCUAUAUUCUACCCUUAUAGUAAAAGAUCAAAGAUAUAUCUCCUAGGAACAGAUUGGAGAUAGGAGAUGAAAAGUUGGGAGGAUGUCUUUAUUCUAAUGUGAGGGUAGGGAAAAUGUGGAUAACAUUACUGGGGUGAGGGAGGCAUCGUUCUUUAGUUGGAGUUCUCAUUCUUGCUCUCCAGUACUGACUUGUGGAGAAAGCAUACUUUUUCACUGCCAGGUACUGAAUGCAGAGGCUCAGUGAAGUAUAUAUGUGGGAAGUGCAUGCAUUUCAUUUAUUAGCAAACAUAGCUGGAUUAAGACAAAAUUGUUGGUUUGGAAAGGGGUUAAAACCUUAAGUGAACAAAUCUAGCUAACAGUGAAUGGACUAGGUAAUUAACUUGCAUAUUUUUAAUUUCCUUCGGUUAAAGGUCCCCCAUACUUCUCUAUUCGGAGACAUGAGAAGUAUGAUUACUUCAGUGUUAGUUUUCUUAAUUUUUUUUUUUUUCCCUAUUUGUCCAUUGUCACUUUGUUGCAAGCUAGAAAUCUGUGGGUUAUACAUAGGGCAGCUCUUUGUGAAAGUGGUUUAUUCCACUGGAGAAAGGGGAUUGAAAAUCAGUUAGAACCAAUGUAUUUCUUGCCCCACGGAACACUAUUCCUAUAAGAUAGCUGAAAGAAGCUGCUGUGAGGAGCUCAGCUCCAAACACAGGAUCAGCACCUUGUAUAGGAAUUCCCAUGAAUUAUGACUUCUCAUUCUGUUUUAUCAGAGUGCAUAUAUGUCCUAUUUCAGGAAAAGUAAAACAGUCAUUUACAAAAGAAAGUCAAUCUGUAUCCUAAGCAUUUUAAUAAAAAGUUAAAACAAA